GCUCUGGGCUGUGAAGUCUUGCCUUUUUGGCUGUUACUCCUCCUUUUCUGUAUUACUCCCGGUUGGACACGUGACGGGGCCGUUGCUGCAGCGGCGGGUUGUUGGCUGGAGUGGAGAAGCGGGUGAACGUGUUCCGGCGAUCAUGAAUAUGAAGUGGCUUUUUUGUUUGACCUUCCUGAUUCUUGGAAUAGCCGCAGUUCGUGCCCAUGGUGACCACGACCAUCAUCAUGACCAUGAUCAUCAUCACCACCACCAUCACGAUCACCAACACGACCAUGAGGAUGAUGGGCUUGACAUAGAUGACGACCUAGAUGAUCUUACUGAUGAGCCUGAAGAUCCAAAGCCAGAAGUCAGCACCCCGCCUCCUGCUCCAAAGGUUACUUAUAAAGCCCCAGUCCCAACUGGUGAUGUCUACCUAUCUGAAUCUUUUGACAAAGGAACCUUGGAUGGGUGGGUCCUUUCUAGGGCUAAGAAAGAAGAUACUGAUGAUGAGAUUGCCAAGUAUGAUGGUAAAUGGGAAGUAAAUGAGAUGAAAGAAUCUAAGUUGCCAGGGGACAAAGGGCUUGUGCUGAUGUCACGUGCAAAGCAUCAUGCAAUCGGUGUCAAAUUGAAGAAGCCUUUUGUCUUUGAUAAGAAAUCUUUAAUUGUCCAGUAUGAAGUGAAUUUCCAGAGUGGAAUUGAGUGUGGUGGAGCGUAUGUUAAGCUACUCUCCAAGGUCCCUGAACAUAACCUGGACCAGCUUCAUGAUAAAACCCCCUACACAAUCAUGUUUGGUCCUGAUAAGUGUGGUGAAGAUUACAAGCUCCACUUCAUCUUUCGUCACAAGAAUUUAAAGACUGGACAGUUUGAAGAGAAACAUGCAAAGCGGCCUGAUGCAGAUUUGAAAUCUUACUUCACAGACAAGAGAACUCAUCUCUUUACUCUUGUCCUUAACCCUGAUAAUAGUUUUGAGAUCCUCGUUGACCAAAAUGUUGUGAACAGCGGCAACCUGCUUAAUGAUAUGAAUCCCCCUGUGAACCCACCCAGUGAAAUUGAGGAUCCAGAUGAUGAAAAACCUGAAGAUUGGGAUGAGAGACCAAAGAUUCCUGAUCCUGAUGCGGUUAAACCAGAUGACUGGGAUGAGGAUGCUCCUGCUAAGAUCCCAGAUGAAAAUGCUGUGAAACCAGAAGGUUGGUUGGACGAUGAGCCUGAAUACAUAAGUGACCCUGACGCUGAGAAGCCAGAGGACUGGGAUGAAGAUAUGGAUGGGGAGUGGGAGGCACCUCAGGUGGCAAAUCCCAAAUGUGAAUCUGCUCCUGGAUGUGGACUCUGGCAACGCCCUACUAUUGAUAAUGCCAACUACAAAGGCAAGUGGAAGGCCCCAAUGAUUGACAAUCCUAACUAUCAGGGCAUUUGGAAACCACGCAAGAUCCCCAACCCUGAUUUCUUUGAGGAUCUAGAGCCAUUCAAGAUGACAACGUUUUAUGCUUUGGGACUUGAGCUGUGGUCAAUGACCUCUGACAUUUUCUUUGACAAUUUCAUUGUGUGUUCAGAACGUGCAGUUGCAGAUGACUGGGCAAAUGAUGGCUGGGGCCUGAAGAAGGCUGCUGAUGGAGCUGCUGAGCCUAGUGUUGUCGGACAAAUGAUGGCAGCUGCUGAGGAAAGACCUUGGCUGUGGAUUGUUUACAUCCUGACUGUGGCUCUGCCAGUCUUCCUGGUCAUCCUGUUUUGCUGCUCAGGAAAAAAGCAGCCAGUGGACACCGCUCACAAAAAGACAGAUGCUCCACAGCCUGAUGUGAAGGAGGAGGAAGAGGAAGAAAAGCAAAAUAAAGAGGAAGAAGAGGAGGAGGAGGAGGAGGAGGAAGAAGCUGAAGAUGAUAAACCAGUGGAAGAGAAGCAGGAAGCUGGUGAUGAAGAUACGGGAAAUGCAAGUCAGGAAGAGGAGGCGGCAGGUGGAGAGGAACAGACAGACAGCAAACCUAAUGAGGAAGAAAUUUUGAACAAAUCUCCCAGAAAUCGAAAACCAAGAAGAGAUUAAAAAUAUCAUAAAAAUCCAACAAAUGAACUUGGAUAUUUGGCAAAGUUAAUAUAAAAAAAAUAAAGCUUACAGUUUCUACAGAGUUGCAAGGAGAAACAUCACCUGGGAGCAUCAUGCACCGAAGACACUAUAAUGUUGCCCACAGUUUGCAGCUGAAAACUUGCAAUAUUUACAAUGUGUUUAUAUUUUGCAAUCACAUGUUUGGCAUAAACAGUCAUUCCUAUAACAUGAAUGCAUUUAACAUUAGUUGACUUUGCAGGAUAUGCAGUGUAACAAGGAUACAAAACUAACUUUACUGUUUAGGUUUUAAAGAUCUUUUUUUUUUUUUUUUUUUUUUUAAAGAAAAAGAUAGUAUUGCCAAAAUCUUCCAUACUUCAGUGUAAUGAAAUGUAUUAAUCGUAGAAAACCAAAUUAUGGAAAACCUUAGGAAAAUAUUGUGAGAUCUAAAAUGCAAGGAGGCUUUUUUUCUUCUACAUGGCCAAUUGGUGUGUUACUUAAUUCAACACCAGGGCUAUAAAAUCCCAUAUUAUUGUAAUACUCCUGAUGUGUCAUUGGCCCUGGUGGGGGUUAAUUUAUUACUGUUUGUAUAAUCCCCAGUUCCCUCGUGCACAAUCUCAGGCACUCUGUAUAGAUCAAUUUUUGGCUCCUCAUUUUAAACAGAGUACUUUCUUAACCUGUAUAGUACAUGCUUCUUUGGGUCUGGAAAGCAUGUCUGUUAUCCUGAUAUCAUGCAUGUCGCUCUUGGUAACUGUUAAGCCACCAGCACUCUGACACAGGUGGGCCUUACGGACCAAAACAAGAAAACUCCAAUUUAAGCAGGUUCUGGGAUAUCCCUCUUAUGUACGUGUGUGCGCAUUUGUAAAUAUAAAUCUAUACAUAUA